CUUAGUUGUUUGUAGAUAAAUAUUUGAUAAACAAGCGACAGUUGUAUUACUGAUGAACCUGUAAUGGCUUCCAAGCAAGUGAUAAAAAUAGACAUUGUGAGUGAUGUUAUUUGACCAUGGUGUUGGAUUGGUAAGCGAAAACUGGAAACCGCGAUGGCUGAGCUCGCUGACAAGUUCGAGUUCGCCGUCCGCUGGGAACCAUUUUUGCUUAAACCCGACACUCCACCUGAAGGAAUGCCUAAACCAGAGAUGUAUUCAGAUCCAAACAAUCCAAGGGUCCAACAUCUAAUACAGGCAGGUCAAGCAGCAGGAUGUGAAUUCACCAUGAAAAGUAAAAUGUUCCCUAAUACAUUGAAGGCUCAUGCUUUAUUAGAAUAUGCUAAAGAAAAAGAUGAUGGUAUCAAACAGAAUGAUGUCGCUGAAAACCUCUUCCAGAAAUAUUUUAAAGAUGGUAAUUUAUUAGAUGAAAAGAGUUUAUUAGAAACAUCUAAACAGUUUGAUUUUAACACUGAUGACGUGAAGAGAUAUAUAAACGACGACGGCGUUAUACAAUCAGUAAAAGAUAAAUCCAAGAGUUGGAAAAUAAAAGGAGUCAACGGUGUUCCAUAUUUCUAUAUAAAUGGUCAAAGAAUGUUUUCUGGUGCUCAAGAUGUUGAUGUUUUCAAAAAGAUGUUUCAAAAGGCAGCUGAUAUGUUUCCUGUUAGUCGUGCAUAGUUCUAUUCUAUUGGCAUUUAUAGGGAUAUAGACUAGUUGUUUGUUUUACCAGCUGAUAAGAGCUUAGUUUCAGCUAUUUGUUACGCUUUUCAGGAUUGAUAUAUUGCCGUUACCUAAAGAAACAUGGAAAUGUCUUAUUGACAUAAUCAUGAUGAUUGAGACCUAAUAUCGCUAACAUCAUUCUGUACGUACGGAAGCCAAUAACGAACUGGAAACUUCAACAGUAUAAGUUGAAAUGUAAGGGAACCAGGCGUCGAAUUCUUGUUAUGAAAACUGAUACGAAAAGAUCAAAUUGAGUUCUAUCAGCUGGUAAAUCAAUUGUGAUGAUUUAGCACACUAUUUUUAAGUAUCCCUAUUACCAUAACAAUCAAUCUCAAAACGAGUAAAAAUUUUCUUUUGGAAAAGGAUAUUUUGAUAUAUGUACUAAAUAACAAUUUGAUAUGUAUUUGUGAUAUGAAUAUAUAACGAACUAAUGAAUAUUUUAUAUAAUCCAUAUAAACCAUAAACUUAUGAAAAUAUGAUAUAAAUAUAAAAGAAACUUCUGAAGAUUUGAUAUAAAUAUAUAAAACGAAUUAAUGAAGAUUUAACUACAAAAACGCCAGUAGAAAAUCUGACGACAUUUCGUUUCUUAUUUAUAUCAAAUAAUUCAUAUUUUUCAACUUUGAUAUAUCAUGAACUCUGAUUAUUGAUAUGUAUGGUCUUUUCAAAAAUGUGUUAAUUGUUAAUAAUUUGUUGUUAUAAAGGAAUUUAGCUAUUA